GAGACGACGCGAGAGUCCACCUCGGUUCUGUCCAAACAGAACGUGAAGCUGUUAGCUGUCUGACUGUUAGAGGCGCCGCUCGGUGCUAAGACGAUUCAUGUUGUUUUUUUAGCCUCCCGUCUCUUUACAUUAGACCAUUUUGCCGAAGAAUGAGUGAUAACGAUGACAUCGAAGUCGAUAGUGACGAAGACUCACCGAGAUAUCACAAUGUGGCAGACAAACGGGCACACCACAAUGCGCUGGAGCGCAAACGUAGGGACCACAUCAAAGACAGCUUUCACAGCCUCCGGGACUCUGUUCCCGCCCUGCAGGGAGAAAAGGUUGGUAAAGCCCAGACUCAAUCUACCAAACAGGCGUCGCGUGCUCAAAUCCUAGACAAAGCCACAGAGUACAUCCAGUACAUGAGGCGAAAAAAUCACACACACCAGCAGGACAUCGACGACCUGAAGAGACAGAAUGCACUGCUGGAGCAGCAAGGUAACAAAAUCCGCGCUCUGGAGAAGGUGAAGGGCUCGGCCCAGCUCCAGUCCAGCUACUCCUCGUCCGACAGCAGCCUGUACACCAACCCCAAAGGCAGCGCCGUGUCCGCGUUCGACGGCGGCUCCGACUCCAGCUCCGAGUCGGAGGCCGAGGAGCCGCCCAACAGGAAGAAGCUGCGCGUGGAGGCCAGCUAGAAAGCUGCGCAGCGCAAACCACCACCACCAUCAUCAUCAUCAUCAUCAUCAUCCCCUCCUCCGGCCCAAAGCUCAGGGUGGCGGAGCACAAGGGAGCACAAGGGAGGACGAGAGGAGACGCAGCCUCCGACGCUCUUGAGGCUCAAUCGACGAAGAAAAACAACCACCUCCCCCCCCCUCGUGCCAACAACUACCACCCGCAGCCUCCCUCACUGUCCGUCUGUGGGCGAGUUCACUGGAGACUCCUCACCCCCUCCAUCACAAUCCCCCCUCCGUCUUUCUUUCUUUCCACCCUGCUCUCUGCAAACAGAAGGGAGGAAGCCAGUCAGCAGCGUAGGAAGACGACUGCUUCAGUUUCAUCUGGAGAGCUUCAGGUUUUUCUUCCCCCUCUCUCUUUUCGGGCUCUGCAUCAGUUUAUCCCCCCCCACCCCCACACACACACUCAGCGCAACAUCAGCAGUCCGAAAACCCAAAAAAGAGGCAGCUUGGCUACGUAAAGACUUGAUGCUUUUUUGUACCCUCAAUAAAGCCCCUCCUCCUCCUCUUCCUCGUACCUGUGUUGACUGGGAGGGGAGGGCACACCAGGCGUACUCCUCCAAGCACUGCUAUAUUAUUAUAUAUUUUUUUGUUUUUGUUGAUUUUGAAAGAUAAAAAAAAAACCUGUUUUGAAUUCAAACACACACACCUAGACACAAGGUCCUGGAGAAGUUUACCUUUUUUAAAAAUUUAAAUGAAAUAAUAACAAUGAUAAUAAAAAAACCUUGUAGAUUAUGUUUUUUUGUUUUAGAUUUUUUUCCACUGAAGAAUGUGAAAAGUGCUAUCUCCACCUCAGGCCCCCUGGAUCACAGAGGUUUUCUGCCCGACAUGUUUGUUAACACACAGAUUAAAAAAAAAGAAAAAGAAGAAAAAACAACAAAAAAACCAACUCCUUUUGUUGAGAAUUGAUGUUUUGGAAAGGAGAGUAUUCCUAAAACUUGUACCGUAUUUUGUCCUUUUAGCUUGAAGUAGUGAAUGACUUUAGGUGGCUGAAUACGUUAGGCAUCUCGUUUUAUAUUAUAUAAUUAUUAUUAUUAUUGCGGAGACAAAGACGAAGAAGGAAAAAAAAGAAGCAUUGAUUUGAUGUUUUCAAAAAUAUGUUAUGCAUUUUGUAGUAAAAUCACACAAAGUCAUGGGGAAAUAAUUUGUCACUUGUAGUUUUCCUUAAAGGCUAUGAAAUAUUAAUAAUAAUAGGUAUUGAAUGUCAAACGGUAGAGUUUUCCCGUCUGUUGCAGUAAAAGGAAGCAGAAAUCGAGUCCCUGUCGAUGUUGUUGUGCUUUAAACAGUUUAAAAAAUAAAAAAAAUCAAUGUUGCUGAUCCUCCCCCCCGACCCACAGGCAAAAAAGAGGAAACAAUUUUUUUGCUUGUCUAGGAAACGUGUGUGUGUGUGUAAGUAUGUAUAUUGUUUCCAUUUUAUUUCCAUUUAGGAGGAUAUAAUUAGUGUAAUAGGUCUUUUGUUUGUCCGAUUCCAUUCCAUGGAAAUUACAAGUAUGUUGUACAUACUGCCAACAAUUGUCUUGCAAGUUGAGGCCUACCUUUACUAUGAGACUAUAAAAUAAACUAUUUUAUCCUUUAA